GCGACAGACUGCCGUUCGGACCCCGGUAACUUUAGUGAUGGGUUCGAAAUCUCGACGUCGGUCCGGAUCCAGGUCCGAAAGCCGGGACCGGGACCGCCGGCAUAGGUCCAAAGUGGUCCGGUCUCGAUCCCCAGAGGAAAGGAGAGGUCGGGGGCGAUCUGCGGACAGAGCUACCAGAGUCCGGGGGCGGUCCAGCAGCAGAGACUCGGCUGAUGGCUCUCCAGCACGCCGGCGGCCUCAACGCGGGGACCGCUCCGGCUCUGACAGCGGCUCCGAGGGCGACCGUAGGCGGGCACCAAAGCCUCCUCCAAGCAAGUCCAGGGGUAGAUCGUCAAGUUCUGAUGCAGAUCAUUCCAAAAUGAAAAAAGGGAGAAAAGAAAUUGAUCGUCGCAGAGAAACAUCUCGGGAAAAAAGACCACCAACGUCCCAAUCCAGCCCUGACUCUCGUGAUGGGAGCAGCGACAGAGAAAGGAAAAGAAGGAGAAGUGCUGACCGAGGGAGUCCAGUCAGAGAUCGACAGAGAAGAGAGCGGGACAGGGAGAGGGAGCGAUGGAGGAGCGACAGUAGAGAUUGGAAAAGGCAAGGAGACAGAGACAAAAGCCAAGAGCGAAGGAAGAGGAGUGAAGAUCGUGAGCGAGGAAGGAGCAACAGAAGCCAUGAAAGGUCUGACAGGGAUCGAAGGAGGCGCUCAAGUUCAACUGAAUCAUCUAAUAGUUCAGGAUCUGAUGGAGAGGAUGGCAACAACAAAAAGAAGGAGGAGAUGAAGAAACAGAAGGAGAUGAUGAAAGCUUUGGAAACACCUGAAGAGAAGAGAGCCAGAAGAUUAUCAAAGAAAGAAGCAAAGGAGAAAAAGCGAAGAGAAAAGAUGGGAUGGAGUGAGGAGUACAUGGGAUACACAAAUGCAGAUAAUCCGUUUGGUGACAACAACUUACUGGGUACAUUUAAAUGGCAGAAGGCCUUGGACAGGAAAGGCAUCGGUCAUCUUGGAGAAAAAGAACUUAAAGAGAGGAACAAACGCAUCCAGGAGGAAAACCGCAGGGAGCUGCAAAAGGUGAAACAACUUCGUCUGGAAAGGGAGCGAGAGAAGGCCAUGCGAGAGACGGAGCUGGAAAUGCUGCAGAGAGAGAAAGAGGCCGAACACUUCAAAACCUGGGCUGAACAAGAAGACAACUUCCAUCUGCAUCAGGCCAAACUGAGAUCUAAGAUCAGAAUCCGUGAUGGUCGUGCCAAGCCCAUUGACCUUCUGGCCAAGUACAUCAGUGCAGAAGAUGAUGAUCUCGCUGUGGAGAUGCAUGAACCUUACACAUUCCUGAAUGGGCUAACAGUCACUGACAUGGACGACUUGCUGGAGGACAUCAAGGUUUAUAUGGAGUUAGAGCAAGGCAAGAACGUGGACUUCUGGAGAGACAUGACAACCAUCACUGAGGAUGAGAUCAGCAAACUGAGAAAACUGGAGGCUUCUGGGAAAGGACCAGGCGAUCGCCGUGAGGGCAUCAACACAGCUGUGAGCACAGAUGUUCAGUCGGUGUUCAAAGGAAAGACGUACAGCCAGCUGCAGGCGCUGCACAUGAACAUCGAGUCAAAGAUUCGGGCUGGAGGGUCCAAUCUGGACAUCGGUUACUGGGAGAGCUUGCUGCAGCAAGUCAGAGUCUACAUGGCCAGAGCCAGGCUGAGAGAGCGGCACCAGGACGUUCUGCGGCAGAAACUCUUCAAGCUCAAACAAGAACAGGGCGUAGAAAGCGAGCCCUUAUUCCCCAUCAUCAAAGAGGAGGGUCGGAGUGAUGACGACCAAGAGGCAACUGGAAGUCAAGCAGAAGAACCAAGAAGUAGGAACAGAGGAGCAGAGCCGGGAGAAGAGGAGGCGGGACCAAGCAGAGCCACGGCGGGAGGCCAGGAUGAAGACGGAGAAGAGAAGAGUGAGAAGGACGAGGAGGAGAAGGAUGAGGCGGUGGAGGCCGUGCUGACGGAGGAGGACCUGAUCCAGCAGAGCCAGGCGGAGUACGACUCGGGCCGGUACAGUCCCACGCUGCUCACCACUUCCGAGCUGCCGCUGGACACACACACCAUCAGCCCAGAGGAAGACAUACACAGACUGCAGUUGGCACGCAGACAGCUUCAAGUCACCGGUGACGCCAGCGAAAGCGCAGAGGACGCCUUCGUACGUCGUGCGAAAGAAGGCAUGGGAAACGACGAGGCUCAGUUCAGCGUGGAGAUCCCCGUCACCGGGAAAAUGUACCUUUGGGCAGACAAAUACCGUCCCAGAAAGCCCCGCUUCUUCAACAGGGUGCACACCGGCUUCGAGUGGAACAAGUACAACCAGACGCACUACGACUUCGACAACCCGCCGCCCAAAAUCGUCCAGGGCUACAAGUUCAACAUCUUCUACCCGGACCUCAUCGACAAGCGCUCCACGCCACAGUACUUCCUGGAGCCCAGUCCCGACAACAAGGACUUUGGGAUUUUGAGAUUUCACGCCGGCCCGCCUUACGAGGACAUCGCCUUUAAGAUCGUGAACAGGGAGUGGGAGUACUCACACCGACACGGCUUCCGCUGCCAGUUUGCCAACGGGAUCUUCCAGCUGUGGUUCCACUUUAAGAGAUACCGCUACAGGAGAUGAAGACGUGUCGGUUAUUUUUUUGCUUUUUUAAUUGAAACGAUUUGUUAAAAAGUUGGAGGAGUCAUUGUUCUUUGUAGCUGCUGGCAUAUGAAAGCAGUUUAAGAUAUACAUGAUCCAUGUUUUGUCCAAAACUGUAAAUGUGAUGUAGUCUCAAAAAAAAAAAAAAUAAUAAAGUUUUUUUUUCCUCCCUUUA